AUGGACGGAGAGGCGGGCGGGCGGGCGGCGGGUCUGGGCCGCGCCGUGGGCAUCGUGACGGGCGCCUCGCGCGGCUUCGGCCGGAGCUUGGCGCGCCUGCUGGCCCCGCGGCUGGCCCCCGGCGCGGCGCUGCUGCUGGUGGCGCGCGCGGCGGCCGCGCUGGAGGAGCUGGAGGGCGAGCUGCGCGCCGCCUGCCCGGCACUCCGCGUGCGCGGCCUGCCCGCCGACCUGGCCUCCGACGACGGGCUGCAGCGCGUGGUGCGCGCCGCCCGGGAACUCCGCGGGGACGCGCCGGUGGAGCGGCUGCUGCUCGUCAACAACGCCGGUGAGCGGGCGGCGCUCCUGAGCGCGUGCAGAGUGCCUUCCUCCUCCAGGUCCGGAGGCAGCUGCGGGACCGGGGCUGCAUGCAUCCUUAGGAAGGCCAGUUCCCGGGGAAAGGGCUAAGCGGUGGCCGUCUUUGCAAAGUCCCCAAAUCCACGCGCGCUGCCGUAACGCACACUAGACGGUGUCCUUGCUUCCCCCCUCCCUCGUUUAUUUCUGCAUCCCCUCCCUCUUUCUUUCUCCGCGUGGAAGGGAGAUUGUAAGUUCCUGGUGGCUUUUCUGCUUCCUAAAGCGCCAGGAGGGACACCGAGGGCGGAAGAGAAGGCGGUGGACACAUAUUCCGUUACUGAAGCGGGAUAUGUGAGCCUUGUGAAUUACAGUGGUACCUCGGGUUAAGUACUUAAUUCGUUCCGGAGGUCCAUUCUUACCCUGCAACUGUUCUUAACCUGAAGCACCACUUUAGCUAAUGGGGCCUCCCGCUUCCACCACGCCGCCGGAGCACGAUUUCUGUUCUCAUCCUGAAGCAAAGUUCUUAAUCUGAAGCACUAUUUCUGGGUUAGCGGAGUCUGUAACCUGAAGCGUCUGCAACCCGAGGUACCACUGUAGUUUUGAGGUCCGUAGCAAACAUGACUUUGGGGUUGUUGCUGUGGGAAUGCAGCGGAGAUGAGAAGCGCGCGGAUUCAAGCGCCCCCACUUCGGAUCCGUUUGCAGCUCCUGGGAAGGAAAACGAGGAAGUGUAGCGCUUGGGAACUUCCAAGUCAGGGGGGUCGUUGGGCACCUAGUUGCUUGUGCCAGACUCCGCCCUCUUCCGCGGAUCAUCUCGGCCCCUUUGUGCUGGGAGAUACCACACCUGGCUGUGUAAGCUCCGACAUGCAAGAAAAGCCCCCCUGGAGACAAAAACACUUCCCCUCUCCUCUUUCACCCAUAAGCAGGGUGUUUGUAUAUGUGUGCUAAACAUCCUUCUGCUUUUGCACUGCCUCUUAAUGGUGGUGCCCCCCUUCCUGCAAGGGUUAGUCCUUCUCAGCCAGGUCUUCCUCCAUGUUCAGAAUACUUUCAGACCUUGCCUUGCCCUGAGCAGUUUGCCCCCACCUCACCUUUGAGAACCCUAAUCUCCCAGCCACAGGUCUCCCAGCUCCACUGCCUGUACUGUAUAAAGGGGUGAGGUUUCUGUGUGAUCCUGUUUGGGGUGGCGCCCUAAUGUGCUCUCUCUCCCUCCCUCCCUGCCUCUCUGUUCUUGUCCCCAAUUUAUGCCUUUUCCUCACUCACAGCAUGAUUUGAAAAGCUUUGCUUUUGAGCCACUUGGCUUAUCCCAGAUAUGGGGAGCUUCUUCCCAUCCUCCAGUUCUGUGGUUUCCAAACUCUUUUGGGCCACUGCCCCCCUGGUUCCACAAACUCACCCCCAGUUCCUCCUUACCCUAUCCUAUAAAAGCGUCAGUCAGAAUAGCGCUUUGCAUGGCCCACUAGGACAGAUAGUUCAAUUUGAAACAGUGACAAUUGCAUAUUUAAAACUAUUUUGUUUAAUUUAUUCAACAAACUGGAUGAACUUGAUCCUGUGGUGACAACUUUUCAGAGUCUGAUAUACAUUUACACCUCCAACGCCUCCACCCUGUCACACCUUGUCUUCUUGUGCCCCCCUACAGAAUCCCAAUGCCCGCUUUGGGAACCGCUGGUCUAGGUCUUCUGGAGUCUGAAGAAGCACUUAUGGAUAAACAAACAGGGGUCUUCUUUCUCUUCUAGCUUCUCUUGGCGAUGUUUCCAAAUCCUUCUUGGACUUCACCAGCCCCGGCGAAGUCAACACCUACUUGGCCUUCAACGUCACCUCUGCGCUGUGCCUCACCUCCUCCCUCCUGAAGGCCUUCCCAGCUGAGCCUGGCUUGUGCCGGACGGUGGUCAAUGUCUCCUCGCUCUGCGCUCUGAAACCCUUCCAGACUUGGGCCCUCUACUGCACUGGGAAAGCUGCCCGGGACAUGAUGUUCCGGGUCCUAGCGGCAGAAGAGCCAGACAUCAGGGUGCUCAGCUAUGCGCCAGGUGAGUCUGGGGUCUGCCAGCUGGUCUGGCUUCCGGCGUCACCAGUCUUUCCAUCGUCUCUCGCUGGCAGUCCGCUGAUGGGCCCUUUGCUCCCCUCCCCAUGAAUCAUAAAACCAUAGAACUGAAGAGUUGGAAGGAACCCGUUCUGCCCAAUUCCCUGCAAUGCAGGAAUCACCUCUUGCCUUCUCUUCCAGGUCCCCUGGACACGGACAUGCAGGAAGAGGCUCGCACCAAAUCUGGAAACCUGGAGCUGCGAAAGACGUUCCUGCACAUGAAGGAACACGGGGAACUGCUGGAUUGCGACAUCUCCUCCCAGAAGCUGUUGGAUCUUCUUCUCACAAACACCUUUGAAUCGGGGGCCCAUGUUGACUUCUACGAUAUCUGA